AUGCCUUCGACUCCGCCAGCAGUCGCGUCGUCUGCUGACCCACCGAGUCCUCCAUCUCCCUCGGCGAGCUUCUACGACAUGAGCGACGAAGACGAGACCGAGUACAGCACCGUCCGACACAGUCAUGCUAAGAAAGGCGUCAAGCUGUUGUACGCGAAGAGCAAGGUGUAUGUGCACCCGUCACCGAGUGCGAAGGACAAUGUAGCCGGCUUCAUCGGAUUGCAACAGCAGAGGCCGGAGGAGUCCGAGCCUCCUACUAGCCCUGGAAGCAGCGGUGGUGGAAAUAAGCUGAGGUCGAGGUCGGAUUUGCUGCUGGCAUGGCUGCCCGAGAGUGGCCUUGGAGAAGCAGGCGAGAAGUAUACCAAAGUCGAGACGGCGACGACGGAUGCGGACGGCCCGCCAAAGCAAUCGUACCUAGUUCCGCGGCCGCCUGUUGUUACGACACAUAGCUCAAGCUUGGGAACAUAUGCCUUUGCCAUUCCAGUGAGCGAUAUUUUCAGCAUCCUCGUACGGCCACCUAGCACAGGAUGGUGGUUCGGUAGCAUCAUCGUCAACUCGCGAGCUGGAGACAGCUUUCCGCCGCUGUUCUUCCACGAUUCUGAAUGUCAGUCUACGAUUGCUCAGCGAAAGAGAUUGCAGCGAGAGAACUUCAGCAUAGAAGGCAAGGAGGGUGGCAUGUUCUGGGGAGGAGAUCAGGUCAUUGAAUGGUUGAAGAGAUAUGUCACUGUUGAGAGAUCCGCUCAAGAUUCAAGUGUCUAUUUGAUCAACCCUAGUGAUGCUGAUCGGAUUGGCUUUGGCAGUGGAGGCAAGCCAACACCAGAGAAAGUACGAAAUGUACUGGAGGGCAAGCCCAAAGAUCAGCCGUCUUCGUCGAAGAACAGACAGAGCGGGAGCAACCAGCAGCAGCAGGUUCUGGAUGUGCUCAAGCAGGCGAGGUUCAACUUCAUGGAGAAAAUGGCGCAGGUCACGACGUUCACGAGACGGACUGCGCAAGCUGUGGCGGAGAACAAGAACCUGCCACCGCAGGUUAGAAGAUUGAUGCAGAAUCCACAAGUCCAGACCGUCUCGGAUGAGUUUGAUUCCGCAAGACUGUACCUGGCCCGAUGGGCAAUGGGGAUUGCUGAGCAGUCGGAGAGGGAGCGGAAUCAACGGAUCUGGACUGCAAAGGACAUUUUAGAGAUCGAAGAUAGCGAGCUCGGCCAGUUCGAGCUUCUCGAUGCCGACAUGCAAGGCGUAAACCUGGCGGAGAAGCGAAAGCCUGUGACUUUGAAAGAAUGGGAAGGCUUUUUCAAUGAGCACACUGGGAAGCUUGAGAAGACACCUGAUGAGGUCAAGGAACGCGUCUUUCAUGGCGGACUCUCUGACGACGACGGUGCCCGUAAAGAAGCCUGGUUGUUUUUGCUGGGGGUAUAUGAGUGGGACAGCACAAAGGAGGAGCGACAUGCAAAGAUGAACAGCCUCCGCGAUGAGUACAUCCGACUCAAGGGUGCGUGGUGGGAGCGUAUGGUCGACGAGACGGGUACUUUGGAGGAGAGAGAAUGGUGGAAGGAGCAAAAGAUGCGAAUUGGUAAGUUCAAUCAUUUGCAUCUCCCAAUCACUGCUGCUGAUAAUUCGUACUGACCGUGCCAUUCAUGGUCAAAUAGAGAAGGACGUUCAUCGUACGGAUCGACAUCUUCCUCUGUUCGCAGGAGAGGAUAUUCCACACCCGGAUCCCGACAGCCCAUUUGCUGAAGCUGGCACAAACGUACACCUAGAACAGAUGAAGGACAUGCUACUAACCUACAACGAAUACAACCGGGAUCUCGGCUACGUGCAAGGUAUGAGUGACUUGCUCGCACCUAUAUAUGCCGUCGAGCAGGACGAUGCUGUCGCCUUCUGGGGCUUUACCAAGUUCAUGGAGCGCAUGGAGCGAAACUUCCUCCGCGACCAAUCUGGAAUGAGGCUACAGCUUCUGACUUUGGAUCAAUUGGUGCAGCUUUUGGAUCCAAAGCUUUACGAACAUCUGGAGAAGCUUGACAGUACAAACUUCUUUUUCUUCUUCCGAAUGCUACUGGUUUGGUACAAGCGCGAGUUUGAUUUCGAGGCGAUUCUCAGAUUGUGGGAAGGCCUUUGGACGGACUAUCUCUCGGCCAACUUCCAUCUCUUCAUUGCUGCCGCUAUACUCGAGAAGCACCGCGAAGUCAUUAUGGAGCACCUCAAGGGCUUUGAUGAAGUGCUGAAGUAUGUCAACGAGCUCUCGGGGACCAUUGAUCUAUACUCGACGAUGGUACGAGCCGAGUCGCUCUUCCGAAAGUUCCGGAGAAUGGUGGAAGCUAUCGACAGAAAGUCGAAUUUCCCUGCUGUACCUGUCGCCCGUCAGAGGUUACCUCAGCCGCCAUCGCCUAGCGCAUCACAACCCGGAAGCGAUGGACGACCAAACCGAGCCAGUAGCUCGAGUGGGACCGGCUCUGGGGGACAGUCAUCGAACUCUAGCGCUCACGCAUCGGGCAGAGAACAAAGACCCGGCGAACGCACCAGAGCUGGCUCUGGAGUGGAGAAGGAGCGGGUGAUCACACCUGAACUGCGUCAAUUGUUAAGUAGGGAUGUUCCGAAGCUCGACAAGGCAGAAGUGCAGGCUCACGGUGGAGGCGUAGGGAGUUGA